ACAAGCUCACAGUUUGAAUAGAUAAGCGUCUUCUUCUUCCCCAUCUGCAGACGACAGCUUCUCUACUGUUUUCAGCUUAAAAUUUCAACUGUUUUCCACUAUGCAAACCCUAAUCCGCAGAUCAGCUGCGUAUUUUAUCCCCGCCCGUCAUUGUGUACACACCUCCACAGCUCCAUUAAUCAGAGAAACCGGUCUCUAUGGAUUCGACAACUUGAAAACGGCCAAAGGGUUUCGACGAAUGGUCGAUGAUGCUAUUGAGCGGUCUAAUGAACUCGUAAGUUAUAUUGCUGGAAUGCCUUCAGGUCCAGAAAUUAUCGACGCCAUGGAUGAAAUAUCAAAUGCAGUUUGCACAGUUAUUGACUCUGCAGAGUUGUGUAGGCAUACACAUCCUGAUAGGGAAUUUGUCGAGGAGGCAAGCAAUGCAUCACUCCGCAUAAAUGAAUAUCUACAUUAUCUUAAUUCGAAUUGCACUUUGUAUCAUGCGGUUGUAAAAGCCGAGAAGGAUCACCAUUUGCUUACUGAAGAAGCUCAAAGGGCAGCCCAUUAUCUGCGUAUAGACUUGGAGAAGGGUGGCAUUCAUCUCAGCCCUGAAAAAUUGGAUCGAGUUAAUCAACUGAACACAGACAUUGUUCGGCUUUGCAGGGAGUUCAAUGAAAAUAUUGUCGCGGACCCAGGUCAUGUGGAUAUAUUUCCAGGGUCACGUGUACCUAAAAAUUUGCACCAUCUCGCCAAGCCCAUUUACCGUCCAUCAGGGCAACCAAGGUUAUCAACAGUGCUGGAUGGUAACAAAAGAGAGAGAGGGUUUCGUUUAAGGACAGAGCCUGAUGCUCUGUGCUCUAUUUUGCAGUUAGCUUCAGAUCCUGAGGUUAGAAAGCUAGCUUAUGUCAGAGGAAAUUCUGUGCCCCGAGCAAACUUGGUGGUUCUUGAUAAGCUUAUUGCAGCUCGUCACGAGUUUGCUGAGAUUGUGGGAUAUAAAUCUUAUGCUGAAUUUGCUCUGAAAGAUAAUAUGGCUUCUUCACCAGAAGUUGUGCUUCCCUUUCUGCUUGAUAUGAGCAAAAUGGUCAGGCCCAAGGCUGAGGAGGAGUUCAAAAAAAUAUUGGAUUUUAAGAGAGAAAUAAGUGGCCAAUUAGAUGAAGGGUUAGAGCCAUGGGAUGAGGCGUACUUCACAAGAUUGAUGAAGUCUUCUGCCCAUAAUUUCCAUAACUCGGUUUUGGCUUCAUACUUUCCUUUGCCACAAUGUAUCGAGGGCUUAAAAAUGCUGGCUGAGUCCUUGUUUCAUGUGAAGUGUCAUGAGACUCCUCUUGCCCCUGGUGAAUCAUGGCAUCCAGAUGUGCUCAAAUUAUCUCUACAUCAUCCCGAUGAGGGUGAUUUGGGAUACUUGUACCUUGAUUUGAAAUCAAGAGAGCAUAAGCAUCCUAUUUUUGCACAUUUUGCUAUCAAGGGAGGGCGUCGAAUCUCAGAAACAGAGUACCAAUUGCCUAUUGUAGCUCUUGUUUGCAGUUUUUCGGGCUCAAAUUUCACGUCAGUGAUGCUUCACCAUUCGGAUGUAGAAACACUCUUUCACGAGUUUGGACACGCUCUUCAUUCAUUGCUUUCAAGAACGGAUUACCAACAUUUUUCAGGGACCAGGGUGGUCCUUGAUUUUGCUGAAACACCUUCGAACCUCUUUGAGUACUAUUCAUGGGAUUAUCGUUUCUUGAGGAAAUUCGCUAAGCAUUAUUCAACAGGCGAUCCAAUACCGGAGGAAUUGGUGAAGUCGAUGCUAGGAGCGAAAAAUAUGUUUGCUGCUAUUGAGUUGCAACGUCAGAUCUUAUAUGCCUUGAUUGACCAAACGCUUCAUGGAGCACAGCUAUCCUCGACUCGGGACACAUCAUCUAUAGUUGCAGACUUGAGAAGAGAGCAUACCUGUUGGAAGUAUGUAGAAGGAACACACUGGCACGCCCGAUUCAGCCAUCUUGUUACUUACGGAGCAGGUUACUAUAGCUACUUGUAUGCAAAAUGCUUUGCUGCAACAAUAUGGCAAAAACUGUGUCAACAAGAUCCAUUAUCGCUAGCCACAGGAUCUUCUCUUAGAACAAAGUUCUUACAGCAUGGUGGAGCCAAAGAUCCGGCUGAUAUAUUGAAUGAUCUCGUAGGAAGUGGUAUGAUAAGAAAUCAGAAUGGCGGCAUUAUUCCCGACAUUACAAGCCUCGCUGAAGAGAUGAAGCUUUGAACUCUUAGCUAAAGUUGCCCAAUUCAGCAAGGUGAAACAAGAAAUAGUUUGUGUAGAACGGUUCAUAGCUUACAUCAAGGUAACAGGGGAACAUGGCUAUUUGGAGUGGCGUUAAUUUGAUUACAAGUUUCAUUGCUUGGCAAAACUGGGCAUGGCUUUUUGGGACGGGGGAAAUUUUUUGACAUGUUCGGUGAGAUUGGCUUAGACAACAUUUAACAGAGUUAAAGGAAAGAAAAAGUGGUUAUCAUCUAAUACUGCAUAUCAAACAUGUACUUGUUUUCUAAUAAAGCAGCUUAGAAAAUCUUAUACACAUUCUUUAGAUUGAGUUGUGUUGUAGCGUUAUGGGUAAAAUUGUAUCAUCGUGUUCUAAUAGUUCCAUUAUUCUAUAGCCUUACGAUUUUUGAAAGUUACAAGAAAUGGAAUGGAUAGACCAUCUUUGUAUUUGUGUGACUAGAUUUUUUUUUUUUUUAAUGACGGGGAAACCCACGGCCGCUACCUUUCGGUGGAUUUUUUUUCUUA